AUGUACCCAACAAAGUGUGCCACGCGCCCGAGAGAUACUUCGGCAUGGGUACCGUUAGUGGAACGCGGUCAGCCCAGCAGCGGUACCGGUGCUCGGGCCGGCCACGUCCACAUUGAAUCACCAUCAGUUUUCACUAUACACGGCACUUACACAGAUUCUUUGUACGGUACAGUGUUCUCUAAUAUCACCUGCCUGUUAUAA